AUGAGCGGCCGGCGAACAAAUAAUGGCAGCAGUACAGAAGGGCAGGACCUGGUGCACUUACUCUCCACCGAGCAAUGCGGAGAAUUCAUGAUAUUGGCGAGCACGAUUACCGAGAGAAUGAGAAAGAGUAUUGGGGAGGUGUUUGAAGCUGUUGAGCAGGGGGAAGCACUGAAGGGAGUUGGUGAAAAAGAGGUGCGGAAGCCGGGAGUGGGAGAGGAGAAGGGGGAUGAAAUUGGGGACUUGUUAGGUUUUGGAGAGGUGAAGGUAGGGGGUAGUGGACGAGAUGUAAGGGAUGGGGAGAGGAGAGAUUGGGAGACGGAAGAUGCGCUACCAGAACCAAUGGAACACACACCUGCACAGCCUCCAGCACGGAAGAAAGCCGCGAAAAUGGAGAGCUUGAGCAGGAACCCUUUAGAGGAGGAGGACUUGCCAUCGCGGAUCGGGGAGCUUUCCAUCUCGGAUGCCAGCUCUGGAAUGGAAUCUCAGAUCAAUCCCCCAGGAGGAAAUUUCGAGGGUGGCUCGGGGGAUGAAUCCAAAGUACUACGCUUAGUGCACGAUGGUGAUGAAGACUCCGAUGGAGAACUACAAAUGCUUGCACCGGAGCCGAUAGAGCACUUUCCUGAAGCCACUCCGAAACAAGUUGAUGCAGAGGGUGCCCAACUUCCAAAGACUCCUGAUGUGGCGACUCCUCCCCCAGUACCACCACUGGCAGCCGCAGGAGCAGAGGGGAAAAACCCCUCAGGAAAGAGACCUAUACCUAAGCGCACUACAACCCCUAAACUCCGCGACCUCCGCCGAAAAGCCCUUGCCUCGCACGACGAAUGGGCCUUUAAUGUCCUCCGCCGUAUUGGUGAAGCACUGAACGCCCCGGGUAGUCCUAGAUCUACGAAUGCCAACCGGGGACCCCAAGGACAGGUCCUCAAGUGGCCGGAAAUAUACAAGCCUGUGCCUGCACCCCUCACAUCCCCGCUCUCACUCCACUCCGCAGGGCUGGUAGUUCAGGCUGUUCUCCUCCAUUUGCUUUCAUUGGGGAAGUACGAUGCCCGCUCACGUACUUUUUUAUUAAUAGUUGCGUCGUCGCUGCGGGUCCCAGCGGACGUGGUUAUCGCGCUGGAGAGUGAGAUCGCAAAGACGUUGAUUGCCGUGUCGAAGCAGAUGAACGCUGAUGCCGAGUCUAAGAAACGUGCAAAUGAGGCGAAGUUUUCGAGGAGAUGGAAGGUUGGGUUGGCCUCAGUUGCGGGGGCUGCGGUUAUUGGGGUUACUGGGGGGUUGGCAGCACCUUUUGUUGCUGCGGGUAUUGGGGGGUUAUUGAGUGGUUUGGGAUUAAGUGCUGCGGUCACAGGGUGUUUGGGUGCUGUUGCUGGGAGCGGAGCGAUUAUGGGGGCGCUUUUUGGGGCAUACGGGGCGAAGAUGACGGGAGAAAUGGCUAAGCGGUAUAUACCCCCUUGUGCAAACCGCGUCCCGAGUGCAGGAGCUUAUAGUGCUUAGAUACGCAGCAGAAGUGAAAGACUUUGCCUUCGUCCCCCUCCGGAACAGCGAUUCCCGCCUCCGCGUGACGAUCGGCAUAACCGGCUGGCUGACAAACCCCGACGAGGUGACUCUCCCAUGGAAAGCCCUGAAUGGAAACUCUGAGGUCUACUCCCUCCGCUGGGAAAUGGAGGCUUUACUAGACCUCGGCACCUCCCUUCAGGAAGUUCUAAAGUCUUAUGCAUGGUCCUACAUAAAACUCGAGAUCAUCAAGAGAACCGUUCUCGCACCUCUCUGGGCUGCUAUAUGGCCAGUUGCCUUGCUUCGUGCGGCGCGGGUGAUUGAUAAUCCAUUCAGCAUUGCCAAACAUCGCUCCGAGAAAGCUGGUCGAGUGCUCGCUGAUGCGAUUAUCAACAAGGCCCAAGGAGAGCGGCCAGUAACGUUGAUUGGGUUCUCACUGGGAGCGAGGGUGAUAUACUACUGUCUCCAAUCCCUUGCAGAGAGAGGCGCAUACGGACUGGUAGAGAACGUGGUCCUGAUGGGUGCGCCAGUCCCUAGCUCUGGAAACACAUGGAUUGCUGUGAGAGCCGUCGUAGCCGGUAGGGUAGUCAACGUAUACUCGGAGAAAGACUACAUCCUCGGGUUCCUGUACAGGACAAGUUCUGUGCAAUUGGGAAUUGCAGGGCUUCAACCCGUUAAAGUCUCUGGCAUUGAGAACUUUGAUGCUGGGAACCGGGUUGAGGGUCAUCUGAAGUACCGUCAUGUGGUGGGAGUAAUCUUGAAAGAAAUCUUUGGUCAUGAUGUGGAUGCUGGUGAAGUCAGCAGGGAAGAAGAGAUUUUGAGGAUGCUCGAACUGAAGGAUGAGCAGGAUGAGAGGGAGAGGAAGGAGCAUGAUGAGAAAGGUAGGGGGAGUGAUGAUGUGGAUGGGGAGAUUAGCAGUGCCCUGGAGAGGGCUGAGAGGGAGUUGGAGAGGAAACUCGGGAGAGAGGAGGAGGAAGUUAGGAGGAAGGGAAGGGAGGGGGGGAGGGGAGAAAUCUGA